UCGAAUUAACAACCCUGUCCCCAUGGCUAUAAGAUUUUAAUUUUCUUCUUUCAUCGAAGCAUCUGCUUUCAACUUGUUCAACAUUAGUUAAAACUUAAGAAUAACGAUACAAAAAAUGGAUAAAAAUAGUGCCGCUUUGUUAAAGAAAUUGCAAUCUGAAUUGGAAGCUUAUCAGAACCAACAGAAAACAUGCCUAAAGUUGGUGAAACAACGUACUUUGCUGGAAAGCCAACUUAAUGAAAACAAAUGUGUUUUGGAUGAAUUAAACCUUUUGGUUCCCGACAACAAAGUCUAUAAAUUAUAUGGUCCGGUUUUGGUGAAGCAGGAUCUUGAGGAGUCUCGUCAAAAUGUUGGAAAACGUAUUGAAUAUAUUUCCAAAGAACUGAAGAGCUCAACCGAAACUCUGGAAAGUGUGGAAAAGGAUAUGGCAAAACAUCGCGAAUCGGUGCAAAAAUUGCAACAGCAAUAUCAAGUAGCUUUGGCAAUGAAGUAACAAUCUUAACUUCCGAUAAUGUUGACGAAAGGCUUAAAAAAUAAAAAAAAAAAUGAUUUUGUUGUAUAUGCCAUAAAUUCAA